GAACAAGACAAGGGGCCCUUAGAAGGUGCAUGCGUAGUUGGGCUCGGUGGCCGCUUCGCUGCUGGGGGGCGACUGAGGGCUGGAAGUAGCAGCAAAGGUUCACCCAGAGCGACAGAAUGGCAGACAAGAAACGCCUCGCCUUCUCCAUCAUCCAGUUCCUCCAGGAUCAGUUGCAGAACGGGGGCCUUUCCCCUGAUGCUCAAGAGAGCUUGGAAGUUGCCAUCCAGUGCCUAGAGACAGCCUUUGGGGUGUCCAUGGAGGAUAGAGGCUUGGCCAUUUCUCAGACCCUUCCUGAAAUCUUUGACGCUGCAGCAGCAAAGGAGCCCCAGCCGAGCAGAACAAAUUCUGAGCCGGUCACUCCCUCCGAAGAAGACGCAGCUGAAGCAGAGAGGCUGAAAACAGAAGGAAACGAGCAAAUGAAGGCGGAGAACUUCGAAAGCGCCAUCUCCUACUAUGGGAAAGCCAUCGAACUGAACCCAUCCAACGCGGUGUACUACUGCAACAGGGCUGCUGCUUACAGCAAACUUGGGAAUUAUGCCGGAGCAGUUCGAGACUGUGAAAGGGCGAUAAACAUCGAUCCCAAAUACAGCAAAGCCUACGGCAGAAUGGGCUUAGCGCUGUCCAGUCUAAACAAACUCUCAGAUGCCGUCAUCUACUACAGAAAAGCCUUGGAACUGGACCCCGACAAUGAAACAUACAAGUCGAACCUGAAAGUAACUGAGCAGAAAAUGAAAGAGGCUCCGAGUCCGACGGGCGGCACCGGAGGCUUCGAUCUAGCCGGCUUGCUCAACAACCCGGGCUUCAUGAGCAUGGCAUCUAACUUGAUGAACAAUCCACAAGUACAGCAGCUGAUGUCCGGGAUGAUUUCAGGCGGUAACAAUCCCAUGGCGGCGCAGGGAGCCGCUCCUUCCCCCAACGACCUUGCCAGCCUUAUUCAAGCAGGCCAACAGUUUGCCCAGCAAAUGCAGCAGCAGAACCCCGAACUCAUAGAGCAACUGCGCAGUCAGAUUCGGAGUCGAACUCCCAGUGCCAGCAACGAGGAGCAGCAGGAAUGAGAGAGGCAGCGGGGGUGGUCUUUGUUGGAAACCCAUCCUCCGCUGGAAACACAUCCUCCGCUGCAAGGGAAAAUGAGGAAAAGGAAAGGAAAAAAAAAGCAACUGGAAAGCCAUUUCUGCAGCUGGAAACUACCCAAGAGGGAAAAGGGGCGGGUGGGGAACCGAACGUGAUACGACCUGCAUGUUAGAGACAGUCUCUCGUAGCCUCCCCUUCCUCUCUUCCUCCCUCCACGCUCCACUCCCACGUGGGUUUCUCCAGAAGAGCCAGCACGCUACCAACUGCAGACCUGCAUCGAUCCUUCUCUGGGACUCUUGAAAACCAACCACCACUCUGGCACAGUUAAAUUCCCUCUUUCGCCCAAAGAAGCACCGUUGCUUGGAAGAACACUGCACUCGGAUAGAGAGCCCUUAGCCAGUCUCAAAGGUGCAGGCGACGGAUUUUUAGGUUUUUACUCCUUGCGAACCCUUCCGUAACAAAUAAGAGGGACUUGGGGUGUGUGCAGUAUGCGUGUACUAUUAUUACUAUUAUUAUUAUUUUAAGAAACAGCUUGUCACCUUUUGCUGACUCUUCUUGGCACUUGUGAGCCCAGGGUGUGUUUGGGACUCUCACGCCAUUUGUUCUUUCUCUCUCCGUCACCAGCGUGCAACGCAGAACAGCCAGUCGGAGGACCUCAUGAAAGGAUUUUGUGAUCAUGUGUGUUGGGGAGGGGGGCAGCCAGUCCUGGGGGUGGGGUGAUAAAUAGUAAAGACCGU